AUGUUCACGCCACUAAACCAAAAGAAGCUUGUGAAUGUUAGCAUUGUUGCUCUCAAGAAGUUCGGGAGGCGCUAUGAAUUGGGAGUUUAUCCCAACAAGCUUUACGAGUACAGAAAUGGAAUGGCAACGCCUCUGAACGAGAUUCUUCUUACGGACACUGUGUACAGGAGUGUUUCGAAGGGAGAAAUAGCUGGGCAAGGCGACCUGGAACUAUUCUGUAAGCCCCAUGAGGAGAUAGUCCGAGAGAUUUUGGACAACGGACACGAGCAGAAGAGCGAGGCAACCAGGAUCUACGAGCAGGAGAAAACAGAGAGAGAGAUCAUUGAGAUCCUAAGGAACAAGGUGACAAAGGAAGGGAGGCACCUCAACGAGGCUUCUUUAAGGGAGGCAAUAAACAAAGUGCACAACAUAUACAUAGGAAAUAGCAAGAAACAGUCGCAGGAGGUGCUGGCCAAGCUGGAGAAGAUGGGCUUUGAUAGGGUUGGGAUAAAAGUUAGUGUCGAUAUGAAUGGCAAGGUCACGGAUUUUGUCAGGAAGAACGGGGAGAUCCAUGAUGGAUAUGUGGUUAUAAGAAGCGAGUGCUUUCCAAAGUUCAAGGAGAUGUGCAAGGAGGAAAAAGUAAAUUAUUUGAUUCUGAGAAGGGAGGAGCCGGAGGAUGAGGAGAUAUGCUAG